CUGCAAAAGAAUUAUCUACAAACUCAAUCCCAGCAUUUCCUGUAUCGAUUGACUCGAGAUUUGGACAAUCAGCGCCUGCAACAUCCUGCACUGCCCUCUCGGCUUCAGUCACCCGAGCACGUUAACGUGAACGUUACUGCUACGGUCAAAUCGAAAACUCCAAAUAAAAGUGAACAAUGGUACAGGUACCAAACAAACCCAAGGCUAUUGCUCUUGGAUGGACCGCUGUUCUCGCAGUUGGUUUCAGCAUCCUCUACUUCGCUAAAGAAGAAAUUGCAGCCCGUCGAAAGCGAGAGCUCGACGGGUGGCAUCGCCUAGACUACGAGGAGCGAAAGUCAAUGGGUAGGGUAAGUCCGGCGCAGCCACAUGACCAGGAUCCAACGGGAAAUCCAAGUAUGGAGGCUGGAGCACAGGAUGGUGCGAGUGGUGGAAUGGGGAGGAGACAUGACGAUCCGGCGUCAAAGAGGUUAAUUGGAGGACGGAUGUCGGGUGAUCGUCUGUGAGGGAUGGGAGUUGGGGUCAUGGGGCGGCGUCUUGUACGUUAUUGGAUAUCAUUAAUCCCGGGCAUGGGAUUCAUAAGAGAUGAGACAAUAUCUGUCGUUGAUUCCAUCAGUUAGUUGUUUUGAUGGGAAUGCGGAC